UAGAAUCCAUCAUGGUUAAGGUUCUAAUGGCUUUAACAAGCUGAUAUUGAAUUGUAUAGAUCUACUGAUACAAAACUAUUAGACAUGGAUUCCCGGAUACCUAUUUAUCAGGAUUACCCUGAUUAUGAUAUGGGUGAAGAUGAAUUUGCAGAACCUGAGUUUUAUGUAGAUCAAUUCUACCCCCCGCAGGAGGAAUAUGAAGAGCUUGAAGACGGAGGGGGUUUAGCCCCCUUCUCUUUGGCAGAGAUACUAGAGCACUGUAUAGAACCUACCGUCACAGAUGGAUUAAAGCAUAUGAGUAAGAUUUUGAUGUGGAGUUUAAUAUUUCGAAUUAGUACACAGUUAAUGGAUAUUCCUCCUUGGACUAAACAUGCAACCAGUAUUGUGACCGGAACCAUCUUAGCGUCUAAUUUCUUCUCCGAGUCUGUAUUCUAUUUGCUGGUGCUGAUAACUCUGAGUUACCCCGUCCUUGUGAUCUUAUCCUCGUCUAGAGGACCCAUCCUUGCUCUACUAGUCAUAUCCUUCAAUAUAGGAUGUGAGAAGUUUGUAGCUGACCCAGUAUCCUGGCAUAUGGUUCGGGGAGCCAUCAUGAUCUGCUCAAUGAAAAUUAUCUCCGUUGGUUUUGAUCUAGAUGAGUCGGACCGCAAAAAAGAUUCUAAUCCUGAAAGUAAAGAUCUCAAAUCUGAACCUGCUCCUGGUGAUAAAAAGAACAGAGACAAGAGCGCAGUUAGGUUCAGGACGGAGAAGAAGAACGGGAUGAAAACUGAACCUGAAACUGAGAAGAAGGAGUUAGGAAAUGAGGGUUUAAUAUCUCUACCAGGAUGGUUUGAAUUUGCAGGAUACUGUCUGUGUCCUGGAACUGUUGUCCUGGGCCCCUGGUUACCCUUCCAGGAAUAUCAGAAUAUAUUCAUCAAACCUAGAUGGAAUUUAAACUGGUUUAUCAAAAUUCUUUUCACUGUGUUCUUCUCCUUCAUGUUUCUAACCAUAAGUACCUGCUGGAACCCCUGGUUAAUCCCUGACUCUGGGUGGAAGUGGUGGUUAGCUUACAGGGACGCCAUGAGCUUCAGGGCCUCACACUACUUCGUCAGCUUCAUUUCGGAGGCCAGCGCUAUAACUGCUGGAUUCGGGGCAUCCAAGACCGGUGGGAGUACACAGUGGCAGGUUCAAGUGACACAGCCUCACAAUAUCGAGGUUCCGCGGUCUCUGGUCGAGGUCGUUGUUUCCUGGAAUAUACCGAUGCAUGCUUGGCUUAAGAAGUAUGUUUUCAAACCAACUCGAAAAACAUUAGGAAACGGAGCUGCACUGUUUGCUACGUAUGCUGCUAGUACUCUUCUUCAUGGUUUAUCUGCUCAACUAGCUGCUGUUCUCUUCUCCUUGGGUCUUUAUACUUGGGUAGAACAUAGUUUUAGGGGUAAAGUGGCAAGAAUUAUGAAUGCAAGUUUAGAAACAAGAAGAGAUACAGAAAACAAAUUCAAACACCGGGAAGGGACCACGUGGGUUAUCCUGGUGAACCUGAUGUUCGGGUUCCUUACGAUGUUCCACCUGGCCUACCUCGGGGUCAUGUUCAACCAGACCGAGGAGAGUGUGACGGGGUACUCCUGGUUCCAUACACUAAAUAAGUGGAAAAAUCUAGAUUUUAUCAGUCAUUAUAUUGUCGGGGGUGUUCUCCUGGUUAACUGGGUUCUGUAGAGUACUAGUAAACUGUAUAUAUACUCUUCAGACUGUGUUCACAACUUGUUUGUGCUGUACACUGACUGUACAGUGUAUAUUAAAACCUAUUUUAUACAUCAUGUUUCAAGAUUUAUUAGUUAAUAUUCGUAAAACUUCUGUAAAUCUUCUUUUCCCUUAUCUAAGCACUGCUAAAUGCUACUGAUACGAGACUGUUAUUAUAAUUAUCACUUGUUUAAAAAUGAAAAAUGAAAAUGUUAGAAAAGAAUCUCUGCAGAGUAAGGUUUAAGAAAUCAAUGGUUCUGAAUAAAAAUAUGAUUAUCAACAAAAUAAUUUA